UUUCUCUGACACAACACAAGCAUAAUAAUACGAGAGAAGUGCAAACAACAAUUUGUAGUAAAAGUUUUUUGCUGAUAAAUGUUCAAAUUUCAAUAACUUCUACUAUGCCUCCUGCUGACAUAAAUCGUCUAAAAGACGGCUGGCUUGAAUUGGAAAGUGACCCGGGCCUUUUCACAUUAUUACUCGAAGAUUUCGGUGUAAAAAGUGUUCAGGUCGACGAGAUAUACGAUCUACAAAAACCUCUGGAAGGUCCUGUUUACGGUUUCAUCUUUCUAUUCCGUUGGAUAGAAGAACGACGAGCUCGACGUAAAGUUGUCGAAACCACCGAAAUUUUUGUGAAAGAUGAGGAAACGGUGAACAGCAUUUUCUUUGCCCAGCAAGUUGUACCCAAUAGUUGCGCCACACAUGCAUUGCUUUCGAUAUUAUUAAAUUGUCCGGAUCUUCAUCUGGGAGAAACGCUGACUCGUCUAAAAACACACACUAAAGGAAUGAAUCCGGAAAACAAAGGUCUGGCUAUCGGAAACACACCGGAACUGGCUUGUGCACACAAUUCACACGCUACGACACAGGCGAAACGACGAUUGGAUAAAAAUAAUAGCGGCGUUAGUACGGGUCGUUUUACCGGCGAAGCAUUCCAUUUUGUCAGUUUUGUGCCGAUAAACGGUCACUUAUUUGAAUUGGAUGGUCUGAAACCGUUUCCCAUGAAUCAUGGACCGUGGAAAGAGAAUGAAGAUUGGACCAGCAAAUUUCGGUGCACAAUGGCUGAACGUUUGGGCAUAUCGUCUGGCGAACAGGACAUAAGAUUCAAUUUAAUGGCAGUGGUUCCCGAUCGACGCAUUGCAAUUACUCACAAAUUGAAAAUGCUGCGCACAAACAAAGCUAUUGUCACUGCAGCCCUUGAGAAAAUUUUAUCGUCGAAGACUAAUGACACUGGCGGCGCCGGUGAUUUAAAGAUGACCAUGGGUUCCAAUGAACCGACAUCAUCUGGUGGAGGAGUAGAGCCGACCAACAAAGACGGAAUUAGAAGUGGCGAAAAAUUGUCCGCAUCUUCCUCCUCAGCUUCUUUACAAAAUUUACCUUUACGUAGUGAUACGAUGUUAGACUGUAGUACUGAAAAGCUUGACGAUAGUGGAGAUUCGGAAAAACACAUGGUCGGCGACGAUUCUUCCGGUCCAAAUGCAUUGGACUUAAACUCACUGCUGAAAAAUUUGGAAUCGGAAAUUCUUGUCAACGAACAGAAUCUCAACGACGAGAAUGACAGGCGCUACAUGUUCAAGGUGGACGACUGUCGACGUACUCACAAUUACGACGAGUUUAUCUGCACGUUUCUCUCAAUGUUGGCCCAACAAAAUGUUCUAGCCGAUUUGGUAUCGCAGCACUUAAUUGUUUCACGCAAAUCAGUUAGCGGCUUAGCCAAUCGUCAGUACAAGAAAAAUGAUCGAACAAAGAAAACGUCGGGAAAACGGCGAAAAGGACGUAACAAACACAAGAAAAAAUGAAUUAGUUGGAAGACGAUUGAGAAGACUUUGUCCAGUGAAUUUUCGUAAUGAAGAUUGUUUGAAUUAAUUGAA